UAAACUCCCAUCUGGUUUAUGACCGUGAAUAUGCGGCACGGUUUGUUUUAAAAAAGAGCUCCACGAAGAGCCACUUAACGUCCUUUGCAUCAACAGUCAACUGCGCCUGCGCGGAUUACCGGACAAGAUGGCGACCAGCAAUGGUGGAGGAAUGGAAGUGGAUGGGGCAGCCAGCUCCAGUGUUAUGGCCUCAGGGGUCACUGGGAGUGUUUCUGUGGCCUUACACCCUCUGGUUAUCCUAAACAUAUCCGAUCACUGGAUACGCAUCCGCUCGCAGGAGGGCCGACCGAUGCAGGUGAUUGGAGCUCUGAUUGGGAAACAGGAGGGUCGAAACAUCGAGGUGAUGAACUCCUUUGAGCUGCUGUCUCACACCAUAGACGACAAAGUGCACAUUGACAAGGAGUACUACUACACCAAGGAGGAACAGUUCAAACAGGUCUUCAAAGACAUGGAGUUUCUGGGCUGGUACACCACAGGUGGUCCUCCAGACCAGUCAGAUAUCCACAUUCACAAGCAGGUGUGCGAGAUCAUUGAGAGCCCUCUUUUCCUGAAGCUCAACCCAAUGACCAAACACACGGACCUUCCUGUUAGCGUUUAUGAAUCUGUCAUUGACAUCAUCAGUGGCGAGGCCACCAUGUUAUUUGCUGAGCUGACGUACACUCUGGCCACAGAGGAAGCGGAGAGAAUUGGCGUUGACCACGUAGCUCGUAUGACGGCCACCGGCACUGGAGAAAACUCAACAGUUGCUGAACACCUUAUAGCCCAGCACAGUGCGAUAAAGAUGCUCCACAGCCGAGUGAAGAUCAUUCUAGAGUACGUCAAAGCCGUGGAAGCAGGCGAGGUGCCAUUUAAUCAUGAGAUCCUUCGAGAAGCAAACGCCCUGUGCCACAGACUGCCAGUCCUCAGCACCAUAAAAUUCAAAACUGACUUCUAUGAUCAAUGUAAUGACGUCGGCCUCAUGGCCUACUUAGGCACUAUCACCAAGACUUGCAACAGUAUGAAUCAGUUCAUCAACAAGUUCAACGUCCUGUACGACAGACAGGGCAUCGGCCGGAGGAUGAGAGGACUCUUCUUUUGAGCAAAGCAGAGAAACAAAACGAGCACCGCAGUUUAUUAUUCUCUGUUCUGUCUUUUUCUUUGGUUUUUUUGUCUGUUUCUACUUUGAUUAGCUAAAAAGCAGUUCUUAAGCCAACCGUAGCUUUUCAGAGCAGUUAAAAAAUUUCCAACCACAAGUGUAUCUAAAAGCACCGAUCAUUAAAAGCUAUGUACAAAGUCACUCAUCUGUUUGGUGGGUCUGCACAGCAAUGAGUCCACUGUACAUGAACGUUCUGUUAUUUUACCCAGUUUAUUUUAUUGUUUCAUGUUCCUGUAUGUAAUAAAUGAUCUGCUGAUUUUU